AUGACAUCAGUUGGUUUAAUCGCAAAAUACCUUUUUUCUUGUUAUGGAUUGACACAAGAUCCAGAAAUUUAUGAUUUUAUGUUAGUUCUGGAUAUAUAUGAUUAUUUACAUUCUGGAAAUAUUUUAAUUGACGAAAAACUUGAUUCUUUAAGAAUUUGUGAUUUAGGAUUUUGUGGACCUGUAGAAAAAGAUUCAAAUAGCAUUAAUGUUCUUGAAGCCAAAGAUAAUGGAAUUUUAGAAGAAACUUUCCUUUUCGGAAAAAGUCUUCCAGUGGAUACUUAUUUUCAAAUACAUCUUUCAAUAUAA